UCUAUGGUCACCGCCUAUAAAUUUUGUUAGCAAAAUACGUUGAAGUACAAUUGAAUAGUUUCUUAUGUCUAAGAAUUUAGUUUGUUUUUACUGCAAGUACUCUUGAGUUUGGUUAUUAAUGAUAACUUAUGUAGACGCUCGUACAGACGGCACCGGUUGUGAUGACUCAUUGUUACCAGAGCAGGGGCCACGCAUGUGAAACCUCAACACAACUCGAAAAUCAGAUGAUCAUCUUGAGUCUUGGUCUACAUUUGGGAUGCUUGCUUUUGACAUUGGUCAGUGCACAAGUAAUGCUACCAAAUAGUGACUGGAAAUGCCCUCAACACUGGAGUCAGUUUGAAUCAUCUUGCUACCGAUUUAUGAAGUCUCCACUGCGUAAUCGAAAUGAUGCUAGACGGAAUUGUCAGGCUUAUAGUUCUGAUCUAGUUAGCAUAAACAGUUUGGAAGAACAUGGAUUUUUAAUAUACCAGUUACUUUGGCAAGAUCCUCAACAUCGUAGGUGGUACACAAGUGCUUUUCAGCAAAGUCCUGACUAUUGGAUUAAUGAAGGUGAUGGAACUCAGCUUGUUAAUAUGGACAGUGCCUUUCUUCCAGAACAGCAGCAACCACAACCAAUGUCACAAUCAGUAGCAAAUAAAGAUUUUCUUGUAUACAGUUUUUCGAAUCUGCAGAAGCGUUGGGGCUUUGAAAAAGUAACAGGCGAUGAGCUACUACUAUUUAUUUGUGAGGCUCCUGUUUCAAAGUUGCACUAUAUGGUGGUUGAUGAUCGUACAUAUCAGUAUGGUUUGGAUGUGAUUGAUCCUGAAAAAAUACCCCGUGGGCCAUUUUUUAUCAAGCAACCCCAUGAUGUUGUGUUCGAUAUGUCUAAGAAGAAGGAAACUAAUGAUGUUUCACUUAGCUGUUUUGCUGGUGGUUAUCCAACACCAACAUACAACUGGUUCAAAGAGGACUAUGAAAAUGAUCGUUUGGUGGCCAGACAAAUAGAUCCUUUUUCAGAUAAGCGUUACACUUUAACUGGUGGAACACUUAUUAUUUAUGACCCACAACAGAUUACAGACAGGGGCACAUACCAUUGCAAAGCAACCAAUAAAUUUGGUACUAUUGUGUCAGAAAGUGUUCAGCUUUCAUUUGGAUAUAUAAAUGAAUUUAAUCUUAAACGAGCGGCUGAAUCGGGAAAUCAAAACUGGGGAAAAGCUAUAUACUGUGAUCCACCACCACAUUAUCCAGCUGUGAAAUACUAUUGGGUUCGUGACACAUUCCUGAACUUAGUUGAAGAAGAUAAGCGCGUUUUUGUCUCAUACGAUGGUGCACUGUAUUUCUCUGCAUUGGAACAUAUUGACACAGGAAAUUAUAGUUGCAUGGUGCAGAGUAGUGUUUCAGAUAAGGGCCGCAAUGGCCCAUUCUUUCGUCUCACAGCAAAUCCUCAUUCAAAUUAUCAACAACUUCAGUUUCCUAAUCACUUUCCAAAGGCUUUUCCUGAUGCCCCAGUUGCAGGAAAAGAAGUUAGAUUGGAGUGUGUUGCAUUUGGCUAUCCAGCACCAUCAUAUAAUUGGACGAGGCGAGGGGCUAGUUUGCCUCGUGGAGCAGUUAUAAGUAACUACAACCGUGUACUCACCAUUCCAAGUGUACAAGUAGAAGAUCAGGGUGAAUAUGUGUGCAGAGCACAUAAUGAUAGAGCAGCUAUUGAAAACAGUGUUUUUCUUAGCAUACAAGCUGAACCAAAUUUUACUAUACCACUGACUGAUAAGCAUAUGGACAAUGGAGGAGAACUUACAUGGACUUGUGAAGCAUUUGGAAUUCCAGAUGUAAUGUACAGUUGGUUACGAAAUGGAGAAUUGCUUGAUGUUUCAAGAUUGCCAGAUCAAGAUAGAGACCGCUAUAACAUUGUGGAUAAUGUGUUAAUUAUUCAGCACUUGGACCCUGAGAGAGAUCAAGCUAUGUAUCAGUGCAGAGCUUCAAACCAGCUGAAAACAAAGUUUUCUUCUGCUCAGCUUCGAGUUCUUUCUUUGAAACCAUCAUUUAAAAAACAUCCGUUGGAAGCAGAAACUUAUGCUGCUGAAGGAGGCAAUAUCACCCUAUUCUGUAAUCCAGAAGCAGCCCCAAGACCCAAGUUCAUUUGGAAGAAAGAUGGAAAUGUCAUCGGUGCUGGAGGACGUCGCAGGAUUCUUGAAAACGGCAACCUCAUCAUCAGUCCAGUUUCACGCGAUGAUGAAGGUGUCUAUACUUGCAAUGCCCAAAAUAUGUAUGGCUCUGAUGAAAGUCGUGGAAGGCUUAUAGUUUUAAGGGGCCCGAGAUUUUUGCAGGAAAUGGUGCCUCAAUUAGUAACGUCAGUUCAGAGGAAUGUUGAACUUCAGUGCCAUGCUGUCUCAGAGGAAAUCCUUGAUGUUGCUUAUAUUUGGACACACAAUGGGCUUCGAAUUAAGGAUACAGAUUCAAUGCGCACAAGAGUGAAUAUUGAUGGUGGUGUUUUGGAUAUUUACAAUACAACUUUGGCUGAAGCUGGAGAUUAUGAAUGCAUAGUGAAGAGUGCAGUCGGUAGAAUUUCAUCCAAAACUUCAUUGAUAGUUGAAGGUCCACCUGGCCCACCAGGUGGUGUUCAGGUCAUCAGCGUUGUGAAGACUUCAGCAACAAUUCAGUGGACAGAUGGUGCGUCAAAUGGACGCCCAAUCACCAAGUAUUUGGUCCAUGGUCGUACUAACUGGAAUAACACUUGGAUAGUGUUAGUUGAAAAUGUUUUUGCAAGGGAAGUGAAUCGCUAUAAUGGGAGAAAGGAAACCGUUCUGGAGAACAGCCUCUCACCGUGGUCAAGCUAUGAGUUUCGUGUUGCGGCUAGCAAUGAUCUUGGCUAUGGCCCACCUUCGUCACCGUCUCCAGUGUACAGUACGCCUCCAGAUCGCCCUUACAAGGCUCCUGCAAAUAUCGGUGGAGGGGGUGGCAAAAUUGGUGAUCUGACCAUUACAUGGCAGCCAUUGAAACCACAAGAUCAAAAUGGGCCUGGUAUACACUACAAGAUAUUUUGGAGAAGAAAAGAUAAUGAAAUUGAAUUUAAGACACUUGUUCUGAAGGAGUAUGGAAAUAUUGGCCUGUUUGUGGUCCACAUUCAACAUGAAUUUUACUACACCAAAUAUGAUGUCAAAGUUCAGGCAAUAAAUGAAGUCUCAAGUGGUCCAGAAUCUGAAAUUGUUACGAUUUACAGUGCAGAAGAUAUGCCCCAGGUGGCACCUGUUCAAGUGGCUGCUUUGUCGUACAAUUCAACAGCUUUAAAUGUGAGCUGGUUGCCCAUAGAUCAGACAAGGGAAAAGAUACGAGGAAAACUUAUUGGUCACAGGUUGAAGUACUGGAGGAAAGAUAGUCGUGAAGAAGAGGCUACUUAUUACUUGAGCCGAAGCACACGUUCAUGGGCAGUUAUUGUCGGUCUGCAGCCAGAUACAUAUUAUUAUGUAAAAGUUAUGGCAUACAAUUCUGCCGGAGAGGGUCCUGAAAGUGAACGGUAUCUUGAGCGAACAUACAGAAAAGCUCCUCAGAAUCCACCAUCAUCUGUUCACGUAAUAGGUGUUGAUCCUUCAACAGUAAGGGUUGUGUGGCGGUAUGUUGCCCCAAGUUUGGAAGAGGAACCUCUUAUUGGUUAUAAGGUUCGUGUCUGGGAAGUUGAUCAAGAUAUGAGCACAGCAAAUGAUACAAUUAUUUAUGUUGGCUCAAAAUUGGAGGCAUUGAUCACAAAUUUAUCUCCAGGAAAAACGUACCACAUGCGAGUACUGGCUUUUUCAACUGGAGGUGAUGGAAGAAUGUCCUCACCAGCUCUGACAUUUCAAAUGGGUGAACCAGCAGCUUAUGUGUCACCUUUACACAGCAUGUCAAUAAGCUUACAGUCUACUGCAGUGCUUAGACUUAUGUUAUUUGUGCUGUUAUGCUUUUACACCUUUUGAAAAGCAUGAACGUUUAAUACUCAUAUUUUGCUGAAAGUGUCCUUUAUAUAAUUAAGCAGACACACAAAUUUUAAUUCUUACCUCAACUCUAAAUGUAAAUUACUAUUCAGUUUUAAAUUAGGCAUUUAAUAGACACUAUCAUGUAAUAAUAUAAGUGAAAUGUGUUCAUGCAUAAUUGCAGUGCUUGCACAAAAUAUUAAUUUUUGCAUUUAUUUAUAUUAUAACAAAGUUCGAGAGGACUACUAAUGUUGACUGUAGCUGUGCAAAGAAAUGAGGAAUUUCUUUCUUUUUACUUAAUUUCAUAAUUUAUAUGGCAGCUUUUUUUUGUGGCACUGAAUUUUGUAAUGGAUCUUAAGUAUUUUUAUGUGUGUGUGUGUUUGUGAUAUAGGUAUGGUACUCACUCACAUGUGAAAGAUUGGUACUAAUACCUGCAUUACAUACCAGUACCGUUUGUUAGUUAAGUGGCUUAGAAAUUACGCAAAAAUGUCAUAUGCUAUAAUUGUUCAAACAGAACUGUAUGUCCAGUAGCAUAAAUAGAACCAUAAGGAAAUAUGCUCCAUUUAAGUAUAUUAAAGCAAUGUUUUUCUAUUUUAAUGAGAUUAAGGUAUGUUGUUUUUCAUUUAGUUAGAAUUUCACAUGGGAUAAUAUUUUAUACAUGUCCAUAUACUGUAGUUUUAUUUGCUUUGUUCACAAAGUUUCGUUUAUUUGUUGACUGUUGUGUGUGGUUAAAAAAUGUUAUGCUUUAUGAGAGCUGGUUUUUGUCAGGUAAUUUCAAGAACAUGUCUUUGAAUGUUUAUGUUUGAAAGCACCUUAAUGAAACAAGUGCCUAAAAGAAAACUCCUUCAUUGUUUAAAAUUACUUACUGCAGUUUUGUUUUGAAUUAACUUCAUACAUAGAUUUUUCAGUUCAUGAUGUUGCUAAUUUUUUUUUCAUAAGUACGGUAAUUAAUUUGCAUAGAUUCUAUCAAUUAAGUAUUUUGUAUGUUACUUCCACUGACUAUUAAGAUUAGUUAGUUGUCCAUGCUUCAAACUUGUACCAGAGGUACAUUAUAAUUAAGUAUGCAAGUUUUACUUGCUGUUUUGAAAUUUUAGAAAACUUUCAUUGAUAAAGUCAAAAGAUAUUCUGCAUAUACAUCCGUCCAGUAGUACACUAAGUACAAUUAAAUCCUGAGUGCAUGUUUCUUUAUUUUGUAUGCUAGAUGUUAUGUUUUAAAAAAAUGUUUUUUUUUGUAUUAUUAACUGUAGAAAGGCAGUUUCUCUUGUAUCUGUUUACUAUGGUUGUGUGUUUUUUUAACCAUUUUAGUAACUUGUAAAAUAUAUAUAUUUUUUAUAUUUUCAUACUUAAAAGUGCAUAUAGACUUUAUAUAAAUAAUAUCAGGGUUGCUACAAGUAUAGACAAGCAGGUAGUGAAUACCAAGGAAAGUUAGUCACAAAAUUCCCUAAAUUUUCUUUUUGCAAGAACAAAAUGUAUUGUUCAAUAUGCUACUCCUGUUUUUUAAUGUUUACCACAUACCUUUCUGUUUUUCAAGUGCCAAUAAUGCCUGUCUCUUUACAUUUUCUCACAGUAUAACUGGCAUUUUUUUCUCUACAUCCCCUAUAGCAUAAUCAACUUUCUGAGUGGGUCACAAGAACAAUUUUUAAAAAAUAAACACAAUUAAUUUAAAAUUAUAAACACUAUUUUUGAACUGUUGUGAGAAAAAAAAUGUCUACUAAUAAAUGAAACAUGGUAGUAAUUGGGUCAAACAAAUUUAUCCCCUAGUUGAGAGGUCUUAGCUUUAAAUAACUCUGAACUUCUGGAGGAAACACUGAGCAUGGCAUUUAUUUUAGCAAGCUCAUUGCACUUUUUCAAUUGCUUUAUGCUUUAAAAUCACAGAUUUUAAUGUUGAAAUAUUAAUUAAAUUUAAUUCAAUCUCAUGUUUCCAGCAAAUAAAUUGUAAACAAGAAAGUAGAUUUAGCAACAUGCAUGCAGUUUAUAUUUUCAGUUAUCCUGCAAAGAAUUGAUAGGAUUUAUGACAGAAAUUUUACAAAUAAAAUUGUACUAUGAUCUCCCCCCAACAUUAUAGGAAACAUCAGGGAAUUCUAGUUACCUGAGUUGUAGCAACCCUGAUAAAAUAAUUUACUAAUACAUUCCGUCCAUUUUAUGAACCAAUAUGCACUUAGUAUUAGAUAAUUUUUGACAGUCAAGUGUAAUGCAUCUGUCAUGUUUACAUGUGUACAUGUGAUAACAAUGGUUUUAGAUAUAUAUUCUUAUAAAUUGCAAUACUGUUGGACAAUAUUACAGUGAAAGUAUUAUUUUUAUACCAAAUAAAACUGUACUUGGAAAA